AUUUGCAAUUUAAAUUCCAGAAAAAUGAUCCUCCAUUUCAACUCAAACUUCCUCCGAAGGCAGCCAGGCCUGAAAAAGAGAUUGACCCAGAAUAUGAGGAGAAGAUGAAAGCAGAUCGUGCAAAAAGAUUUGAAUUCCUCCUGAAGCAGACAGAACUCUUCGCUCAUUUUAUCCAGCCUGCAGCACAAAAGUCACCAACAUCUCCACUGAAAGUCAAGCUGGGACGUCCACGGAUAAAGAAGGAUGAAAAGCAGAGUUUGAUCUCAGCUGGGGAUUAUCGUCACAGGCGCACAGAACAAGAAGAAGAUGAAGAACUGUUAUCAGAAAGUCGAAAAACAUCUAACGUGUGUAUUCGAUUUGAGGAGUCUCCUUCAUAUGUGAAAGGAGGGACGCUAAGAGAUUAUCAAGUCAGAGGUCUGAACUGGAUGAUCUCAUUGUAUGAAAAUGGCGUUAAUGGCAUUCUGGCAGAUGAAAUGGGUCUUGGUAAGACUCUGCAAACAAUAGCAUUGUUGGGCUAUCUGAAGCAUUAUCGAAACAUUCCCGGGCCACAUAUGGUCCUGGUUCCAAAAUCAACUCUGCACAAUUGGAUGAAUGAAUUUAAACGCUGGGUUCCUUCAUUACGAGCUGUUUGCCUUAUUGGAGAUAAAGAUGCCAGAGCUGCUUUUAUCCGCGACGUUAUGAUGCCUGGUGAAUGGGAUGUUUGUGUUACGUCAUAUGAAAUGGUCAUUAAAGAGAAAUCAGUCUUCAAAAAAUUUAACUGGAGGUACCUAGUAAUUGAUGAAGCACACAGAAUAAAGAAUGAGAAAUCUAAGCUGUCAGAGAUUGUCCGGGAGUUCAAGACAACAAACAGAUUGCUGCUUACAGGGACUCCUUUACAGAAUAACCUCCAUGAACUGUGGGCAUUGCUUAAUUUUCUUCUACCUGAUGUCUUUAAUUCUGCAGAUGAUUUUGACUCCUGGUUUGAUACCAAAAAUUGUCUUGGUGAUCAGAAACUUGUAGAAAGACUUCAUGCUGUUUUGAAGCCAUUUUUAUUGCGUCGCAUAAAGGCUGAAGUUGAAAAGAGUUUGCCUCCAAAGAAAGAAGUAAAAAUUUAUCUUGGACUCAGCAAAAUGCAGAGGGAAUGGUAUACAAGGAUCUUGAUGAAAGAUAUUGAUAUCCUAAAUUCAGCUGGGAAAAUGGAUAAGAUGCGUCUGCUGAACAUCCUGAUGCAGUUACGGAAAUGCUGUAACCAUCCUUACCUGUUUGAUGGUGCUGAGCCCGGCCCUCCUUACACCACUGACACACAUCUCAUCACUAACAGCGGUAAAAUGUUAGUUCUGGAUAAACUGCUGGCAAAACUCAGAGAGCAAGGUUCCAGAGUGCUACUUUUCAGUCAGAUGACCCGUUUAUUGGAUAUUUUGGAAGAUUAUUGCAUGUGGCGUGGGUACGAGUACUGCCGACUCGAUGGGCAGACGCCACAUGAGGAAAGAGAGGAAGCAAUAGAUACAUUUAAUGCUCCCAACAGCAGUAAAUUCAUUUUCAUGUUGAGUACCAGAGCUGGGGGUCUAGGAAUUAAUUUGGCAACUGCUGAUGUGGUUAUUCUCUAUGAUUCAGAUUGGAACCCUCAAGUAGAUCUGCAAGCCAUGGAUCGUGCGCAUCGUAUUGGUCAAAAGAAACCAGUACGGGUGUUCCGACUUAUCACUGAUAAUACUGUUGAAGAGAGGAUUGUAGAAAGAGCUGAAAUAAAACUGAGGCUGGACUCUAUAGUUAUACAACAAGGGAGGCUCAUAGACCAGCAGUCCAACAAAUUGGCAAAAGAUGAAAUGCUGCAAAUGAUCCGGCAUGGAGCUACUCAUGUCUUUGCUUCCAAAGACAGUGAGCUGACAGAAGAAGACAUAACCACUAUUUUAGAAAGAGGAGAAAAGAAGACAGCUGAAAUGAAUGAACGACUGCAGAAAAUGGGGGAGAGCUCUCUAAGAAACUUCACUAUGGACACAGAGAUGAGCUUAUACAACUUUGAAGGUGAAGAUUAUAGAGAAAAACAAAAGCUGAGCAUGAUGGAGUGGAUAGAGCCUCCCAAACGAGAACGCAAAGCUAAUUACGCAGUUGAUGCAUAUUUCAGAGAAGCCCUUCGUGUCAGUGAACCCAAAGUCCCAAAGGCUCCACGACCUCCAAAGCAGCCAAAUAUUCAGGAUUUCCAGUUUUUUCCACCGCGGUUAUUUGAACUUCUGGAAAAAGAAAUUCUGUAUUAUCGUAAGACAAUAGGGUAUAAGGUUCCCAGGAAUCCUGAUCUCCCCAAUGCAGCUCAGCUGCAAAAAGAGGAACAAAAGAAGAUAGAUGAGUCCAUGCCUCUGAAUCCUGAGGAAACUGAAGAGAAAGAGAAACUAUUAACACAGGGUUUUACAAACUGGAAUAAGAGGGAUUUUAAUCAGUUUAUUAAAGCUAAUGAGAAAUACGGUCGUGAUGAUAUAGAUAAUAUUGCCCGUGAGGUGGAGGGAAAAUCGCCUGAGGAGGUCAUUGAGUAUUCAGCUGUUUUCUGGGAACGUUGUAAUGAACUGCAGGACAUUGAGAGAAUUAUGGCUCAAAUUGAACGAGGAGAGGCAAGAAUUCAACGGAGGAUCAGUAUCAAGAAAGCCCUUGAUGCCAAAAUCGCAAGGUAUAAAGCACCUUUUCAUCAGUUACGUAUUCAGUAUGGAACAAACAAAGGAAAAAAUUACACAGAGGAGGAAGACAGAUUUUUGAUCUGCAUGUUGCACAAGAUGGGCUUUGACAAAGAAAACGUGUAUGAGGAAUUAAGGCAGUGUGUGCGCAACGCUCCUCAGUUCAGAUUUGACUGGUUUAUCAAAUCCAGAACAGCAAUGGAGUUUCAGAGACGCUGCAAUACUCUCAUAUCUUUAAUAGAAAAAGAAAAUAUGGAAAUAGAGGAAAAAGAAAGAGCUGAAAAGAAGAAAAGAGGAGCGAAAGUCACAUCGUCACAAAAGAGAAAAGCAGAUCUGGCUGCUGAAAACUCUGGAAAGAAAGAUGCUAAGAAAGUUAAAUCGUGAACUUGAAAAAUGAAUUCAAAAUGUAAAGCUGUCUCUUCUCUUCAUCUACAAGUAUUAAUUGCCAACUUCUCUGUAUUCAUGGUACCCACCCACAAAUCCCUUGGCUUAAUUUUGCAAUUUUGUAUAUUUUACAAUGUCUUUCUUUACCUAGAAUGUGUAGCUUUAUAUUUUAUGCAUUCCAGUAUUUUUGUGUAUUGUAUUUUGUGAGUUCAUGUCUUCAGCAAAAUUGACUCAGUCCUUGUUUUUUUUUUUAAGCUUGUGCUGAGGUUUUAGCUUUUAUAUGUUUUAUAUGCUGCUGCUUUGAAAGAGGAACUAGAUUCUAUAGCUGUAUUAUUGUUGUUUCAUAUUUUAAAUUUAUAUGGCUGUGGGAAAAUAAAAUUAAAAUUAUUUGAAGAGAAACAUACUUCAUCUUCGUUUUCCCUCCCCUCUUUUUGGCGUAGCCUCAUUUAAAGUGAAUGUUAAGGUUUGUAUAAUUGUGCCUUCAUCAUCAAACAUUUUUUUUUUGAGUAUAUAGAUAAGAUCAGAAGCAUGACAAAACAAAAAAUCUAAUGAAGCUGACGUCCUUGUUUGGUGUCAGAAUUAAACGGUGUUUUUCUCAGAAGUACUCCGAAGGAAAUGCUGCAGAUAACUUUUGUUGUUGUUUUCCUAGUCACUGGUUUCUAUUGGGCUGCAUGUGUGCUUAAACACAGGGUGAAGUGUUUCCUGGAAUGACCUCCAGAUUAAACAUUUUCUAUGUCUAAUGAAUGGAAGUGUGCAACUAAUAGCUUCCUUAAGUAGCAAACAAAAUAAUUCAUCUUUUGGUUGGUAGGCUGCUCAGAUAUGAUGCCUUGUGCUAGAUGAUCUGUUGCUGUAAUUAGCUCUUAUUUCUUUCUCCUUUUACCUUUGAUUCAGCACGUCAGUCAGAAGCAAUGGGGAUAUGCUAUGGAGUGCUCCUUUUUAGUAUUUCCAUUUUAAUGAGGGGAUGAAAGUGUUGGAUGUACCUUUUCUUGACUUUGUGAGAAUGGCCUUUAUUAAGCAGGUUCAUAGUUCCUGCUCACCUUGGAGUCUCUGCCUUUCUCAGAUAAGUAGAACAGUGACUGUGACAUCUAAUGUUUUACUUUAAUCUUCUGUCUCUGAUCUGGUGUUUAGUAUGGACCUUGCCACAGCAACACAUGACCUUAUAACGUCAAGUCUAGAUUAAUGCAGUGUGCUUUACAUGGUACCUUCCUUGAAGAUGUGUAAAUUUCUUCCAGUGCAGUUUGCUUCCUUCGUGAGUGGUUUGAGAUGAUAAUGUUGCCUUGUAUUUCAUGCUUUUGUUGGCUACUUUCUUCUGAAUUUUGUAAAACUUAAACUUUAAUAAAAACUUACUGAGUUCUAGGACAAA